GAGCGAGCCUCAUUUACGCGGGAAUGCUGGGCGCGCAGGCAGCCAUAUUGGUUUUCCAUUCGAAGUCUGUACUGAAAAUAACAAAAUGGAUUAUGAAAAUGAAAAUAUUAAUGAAUCAUAUCAGUAUUAUGAAUUAGAUGAACAAAUGAAAGACGUAAAAUCAAAAUUAAUAGAAUGCCAAUCAAAAUGCGAGGAUACAAUAAUAGAAAUGUGUAAUGUUAGUCAAUUAAAAGAUAAAGGGACAUUUGUACUAAAAGACGUUGUCAGAAAAUACAACGAUCUCGAUAAAGAAUUAUACCAGAUUCAUUGCAGUUAUAUAAAAUGCGCAGAAAAGAUAGACUCUCAUGAAGAAUACAUUAUUCGAAAGAUUAAAACUUUAACAUUACAAAGAGAUAACUUAAAAGAAGAAUUGUCGGAAUUGAAAAGAAAAGCAGAUGAAAAUGACAAGAUAUUAACGGAAAUAAGAAAAAUGAUCACAAUUCAAGAAAAAAAGAAUACGGCACUAAUACGAAAGUUAAGGAAACAGGUGGAAAAUAUGCACAUUUCACCAAAUCUGGAAGGAAAAGUAAAUACAAUCCUCAAUGAUCCUAGACUUACUAAUACGAAAAUUUCUAAGCAAUAA